AUGUCGCCGAUGCAUGACUAUUCUCAGUUCGACUACCACCAGCCGCCUGCAUCUCUUCCAGGAUCACUCGAACCGGCGUGCAGAAUUGCACGGCCUCCCCCGUACGCUGCAGGAGUGCCGCAGAUGCCGCCACCGCUCAUCACAAGUCACAAUGUCCUGUGGCCGAGCAUGAUAGCCUCCGGAGCACACCCAUCUGGAGGUCACCCCGGGUCGUACCAGCCGCCAGUCCUUGCUGCAGCACCCAUACAUACACCACUGUCUGCUGGAACAAUCUCAGAUGUUACACCAACGAGCGCAAAGAGCAACACUUCCCGACGUAAGCUUACGGACGAGGAACGUCGGCAGAUGUGCUUGGAGGCUGAGCAGAAUCCCAGCAUGAAGCAGACGCAGAUAGGAGCCAAGUUCAACGUGGAGAGAAGCACUGUCUCCAAGAUACUGCGGCAGAAGGACAAAUACAUAAAUUUGCCUCCGUUGGAAGAUGUUGUCAGUCCGGGAAAGAAAUCAAAAGCAAAGUUGCCCGACUUCGAAAAGACGCUCGCCAACUGGGUACGCAAUCAGCAACGAAACGGGAUCGCGGUCGGCGACGAAGAUCUGAAAAGGCAGGCGAAAAAGUUCUCCUUCAGCAGGAGUGACCAAGCCUUGCUGUCGAGCACGAGCUGGCUCGAGAAGUUCAAGCAGAAGAACCAGCUGGGAAAGUACACGGACACUGCGACUGAUUCGACCGUGACAACACAAACAGAGACCUCUCCUUUCGCAUCACCUGCAUCAUCAGAGGAUGUGAAGGCUCCGGCAUCCGCUCUAGACGACGACGCAGUCAAGGACGAUAACGACCAGUUCUUCGAUUUUGUAGGCAAGUCAGAAGACUUCUUCGAGGAUCCCUCGGGCUUGUCUCCAUUGUCCGAUGAAGCUGUCCAGGACGACGACGUGAUGACCGAACUGCCUUCCAGACCUACCUUCAGAGUUCCGUCUGGGACCAACCUCCAUCGCCAGCGCAGUCAGACACUGAGCAACCUCGAUGACUACGCAUCGACAAGCACGAUGUCCAGACCGACGCCGACAGCGAUGGACUCGAAGCCACCUAUGACACGGGCACUCACCACAUCUUUGACGAUGCAGUCACACGUCGACCCGGCAGUAGUCAAACGUCACAAGUCCGUUCCUGACAUCCAUGAGGACGUCAACAACGACGAGACAGUUCAUUUCACACCGAUGCAUGCGCCCCCUCUUCCGCAGCCGUACCCCAGCGUGCCCUCUGAGUCUGUCUCGCCAGUCUCGAUCACGAAUCCGAUAAGUCCGGCCGACGACGAUCACUUGAAAGCCCUGCAUGCAAUCAAGAAGGCCUUGGAAGACAACCCUGGCCUCGCGGAUCCGGACGACUACCUGGCGAUAGGAAAGUUGAUGGAGAAGGUGAAGCUGAUCAGGAGUCCGACGCAGAGCAACGCAUUCCUGCAUACUGCUGAUGGCAAAGGCGGAAGGAAGAGAGGGUACAUGGGCAUCUCUUGA